AUGGAAUCGGAGACCUUCCUCGCGGCUGUCAAAGCUAUGCAGGCAGACGUGGAUCGGCUGAAGCAGGAGAAUAGAGAAGGAAGGGUUGAGGUAGAGGCUUCUAGGAAACGUAUUCGGUAUUUGGUGGACGAAACUCGAGACAAAGAUAGGCGUAUCAAUGUAUUGAGGAGGGAGAAGGCGGAGCUUGAGCGGCGGUUGCUGAGUGACAUGAUUCCCAGGACACCAGAUCAGUCAAAGGUGCAGGAAACACACCACGAUUCAUCAGCCGCCACACCACCAGAUGGAAAUGCUGGCUCGCCCUUCUCGCUCCACAACGUAGAGCCAGCUACAUCACGCAACGAGCUCCGAGACACGCCCCAAGAGCUUGCGACAGGUGUAAUACGGGCACCAUCCAGGCGGAUCCAGGUCUCCCGGUUCUCACGCUUACCAAGCUCACACAAAGACUGGGUAGACAUGCUCGACGACGACAUGAGAGUCGGUGCUGGAAGUCAGGAAGAGGCUCUCAAGUGGCGUACAACGAAGAUUCGAUUCGUGGACUUACUGCCCGUCGCAUGGAUUCCGAGGCCAAUCGCACCAUUCGAUAACGCUCAGCGCUACGAUUCCAAGACAAAAGCAUAUCGAAAUGUGAGCGAAGAUGGCGAGUCGCCAGGACACAGGCAAGAAGCUCAAGCCUCGCCGUCUGCCCAGGACAUCAACACGAAUCGCAGACUGCUUUCCAACGACCAAGAAGGCUACAGCGCAUCUCGAAGCACCAGUGUCAAUCCAAGAAAGCGAAGCCCACCCGUCGACGACAUCGACUCCAUGCGCUAUCGUCGAAAAGCCAUAUGCGUACGUUGCUGGUUGACAAGCAGUCAUUGCGACUACCGGGGUCAAUGCCAGAGCUGCAAGGAUGUUGGAGAGCGUUGCGUGCGGAAGAUGUGUCUCAACAGCCUGGAGUGUCGCCGUCCUGGCUGUCCUUGCUUGCAUCCUGGUCAGUGGCAUGAAGAUGAUGAGGAGUGGAUGGUUGAAAAGGGACCGCUGCCUCGUCGCGAAAGGUGGCAGGAGUGA